CGCACGCACGCACGCCUAUCUCGGUCUUGCCUCUGUCGCCGCCAUCCUUCCUCCAAAUGCCAACUUCACGCUCGUUUUUGUUCUUGUGACCCCAGCGUCGCCCCUGUGUUUUCUCCUCCUCGCGGACAUGUACUAUAAUUCCACACGUGCGCCCACUCCACAAGGUCCAACUCCUUAGCCCGUCAUCAUGCUUGCCUCGAGAAAGCGCCCAGCGCCGCUGCUGAUCUUCAUCCUCCUUGUCGUCGUCGGCCUCUGGUGCCACAACAGAAGCUCCGACAGCGCCUACGCACAAUGGCUAUCGUCGGUUGAGUCGCGGUCCACCAAAGUCCCAGCAAACAGAACGCUGGGCUUCGGCACCGUCCUCGUCGUAUCCAAAGAAGGGUCUGCCCGUCGACGGCCGCUAGUUCAAGCCGCCAACGUCACCGAAAUCGACCUCACCAUCCCCCAACAGCCAGAGUGGACAGAAGGCGACGUCCAGCGCUUCAUCAACGGCCACUCCAAUACCCAGAAGGGCUCUAUUCUAGCCUGGCUGGGCCAUCACAAUGCCCUGCGCUGGUUCCUGGAUUCUGGCCUCGAGACGGCACUCAUUCUCGAAGACGACGUCGACUGGGAUAUUCGUCUGCGCAGCGUCCAGAUACCUCUGGCGGCAAGUGCCACCCGCCAGCUCCUUCCCCCGGUACGCUCACGCCACCCCAACAUCAACAAGAACCCGAACCGCACGCAGUACUGGGGUGACCAGGAUGGGUGGGACAUUCUCUACCUUGGCCACUGCGGUGACUACUUUGAUGUCGUCGAGGAAGACGGCCCCAAAACAGAUCGCCAGUCGUACAACUUGAGCUCCAUAGCCCACAAGCUGUACCACGACCCCACCAUGCCCUCAUGGCUCGACUUGCACCCUUUUACCCAGGCUCUCUUCCGCUUGUUAGGAAUGCCCGAACGGACUCGCGUCAUGCACCGCUCCAAAUUACCUCUCUGCUCCUUUGGAUACGCCGUUACUCGCCAAGCUGCCGAACGACUCCUCAACGAUCUUGCGCCCCCAAAACUGAAGAAGAACGGAGCCCGCGCCUUUGACGUCGCCCUCUUGCAUGCUUGCAACAAGGGCGAGAACACUCCUUCACCAACGCCCGAGUGGCAACAUCCUAAGAAUUCGCCCGAUCCCAAACUACGAAGCAAAUACCCGAGCCCCGGACUGCGCUGCUGGACACUGAAUUCGGAGCUGUUCCACCACAUGCCUGGUAUGAGUGAGAUCGACAUGUUGAGCGCACUAUCCGGUGAGAAGCCUGGUCUGCCGCCGGUAGACCGUGCAGCCCAAGCCCAGGUCGUCUCGCGAAACGAAACUACCAACAUCGACUGCGGUUUCUGGAGCGGCGCUUUUGCCUUCGACAACAACGACACGGACCGCCUCCACUUCCUGCAAGAAAAGGUCGGGCGGCAAGGCGUCUGUCUCAAAGACAAAAAACAGCAUGGAGACACGUUUUAUCCGCCACAAACCGCCCUGGACUAAUAAAACGAUGAACGGCAUGUACAUAUAUACUAUAUUUCAUUACGAGCACACAUCUUAGCGAAAUACCCAAACUCCAUGGAGUACAUGGACAAAUGAUUACGGGCGUUCACGGGAGUUACAAGGCACACUGGCUACGAAACAAUUGGACAUACGGCGCACACGGUCAUGUUUUUUUCUCUUCUCGAUUCUGGGCGAAAUGCCAUUCAGUACGCAUGCAAGUGGCAGAUUUGCCCACUGUAACUUUUUCGGACUUUUUUUGGAUCCUUCUUUUCAACCACUUCACCAAGGUGGGGGGACCUUUGAUACCACAACGCAAACCUUUGAGAUUCACAAAAUUUCCCCCCUUUGGCAAAAUAGAACCCCUGUUUGUUGUUCAUAGAAAACACCUAGCAUAUCAUUGAAUAACAAAGAAAAUAAAAAAAAUCAGCAUUACCACC